GGAUGACGGACGCUGACUACAUCGCUGCCUUCCAACAGCUGCUGCUGCCUUUGGCCUACGAGUUUCAGCCUCAGCUGGUUCUGGUCUGUGCUGGGUUUGAUGCUGCAUUCGGAGACCCAAAGGGGGAGAUGAAUGUGAGUCCUCCGUGUUUCCACAUUCUGACUCACCUGUUGAUGAGUGUGGCUGAAGGUCGACUUGUUCUCGCUCUUGAGGGGGGUUAUAACCUGCAGUCGACAGCAGAGGGCGGUGCAGCCUGUGUCAGAGCUCUGCUGGGAGGAGCAUGUCCUCCUUUGACUCUGCCCACUGCUCCAUCUUACAGGUAACACACCUUUAUAGCACACCUUGUCCUCAGCCUGUGUUCUGACACACCAUCAGUCACAACUGAAGUACAGCUCAGAUUCAGAGUCCACAUGUUCAGCCCAGGUGACCUGAAUAUGUCUUACUUUAAACAAGUAUCCCAGCAUGCAUUUCCCUCAACCAGACUUAACACACUCAUUAACUUCUUCCUGUAGCUAUUAUUGUGUCAUUAACUUAGGUUUUUAUACUUUUAGUUGAGACAUUAACAUUGACAUGUUGAAAAAGUUGUGGAUUUAUUAAAAACAUCUGUUGUAAAAUUCACUCUGAAGGGAGGAGCUUUCAGUCAGUCUCCAUGGUCAUCCUCACAUGGAGAACAGUUUGAUGUUUGUGUAGAGUGUGAAAGUGUAAAUGUAGUUUAACAACAGCUUUCUGCCUUUGUUCCCACAUCAACACAUUAACAUACAAAUCAAUAAAACAGAAUC